ACGCGGCCAGUUGGUGAGGGGUUGUGCGCUGGCAGCUUACAUCUCAGUGGCGGCGGAGACCCCAGAGAGGUGAGACUCGUCUCAACCAGAGCUGUCCAUUUAACUACUGGUGCUGAAAUCUGAAACUGAAUUCCGUCUUGAAAUAAGGCUUAUAGACUGACCUUCGCGUUUCUCCUUCCCCCCAUACGUCGACUACAACUUGUCUCGAGGACUUUUCACAAAAAAUGUGGAUCUGAUUUUGUGGAUUACUUCUGGGGAUACCGCUGUAUUUCAAACUGUUCUUGUGUCACGAUCUUGCUUUGUAUAACAUUUCGUUGGAAUAGGCGUGACUGGAUUUACAGGAAAAGCCCAAUGAGGACACACAGAUGGUGGGCGGCGCUUCUGUUGCUCGGGGUUGCCUCGCUGCCGGUGGCUGAGGGCUGGCCCGGCGAGGACGGGCACGGGCCCAAGAUCCGCCACCCCCUCGUGAGGUUCCGACACAAGCACGAUGGAAGUCCCGGCAGUCUGCACCUUAAAGGGCUCGCUGGCGCCGAUGGGCUCCGAGGGCCGUGUGAGAAUAAGUACUGCGGUUUGGGACGGCGCUGCGUGCUCAACGCCGAGACGGGCCGGGGGGACUGCGCCUGUUUGGACCACUGCCGCGUCCACUACAAGCCCGUGUGCGGGUCCGACGGACAGCUGUACCAGAACCACUGCGAGCUUCACCGGGCUGCCUGCCUCAAGCGGCAGAAAAUCGCCACAGUCCACAGCGAGGAUUGCUUCUACAAAGGAGACAAAUGCAGACCCACUGACUACAGGAAGCUGAAGAACAAAAUGGUGGACGCGCAGAGGCAGAGGCACCUGAGAGAGGAGGACAACGAAGGGUGGAGCCGGGACAAAAUGGCGCUGAGGAGGAUGCUGGUGGAUCAGAUGUUCAAACGCUUCGACGUGGACGGGAGCGGCCUCGUGGACAGCACCGAGCUGUCGCUGAUAGUCAAACAGCAGGGCCCGUUCAAAGACUUCUCCGACUGCACGCCGUUUGACCUUCUGAAGUUCGACGACGGCAACGCUGACAAACACUUAUCCAAGGAAGAGUUCUACGUGGCAUUUGAGGUGUUCCAGCUGAGCCUGGCCAGCGAGCUGAAGUUCAGCGUGACCACCGCCAUGGUGGGGCAGAGCGUGGUCCUCACCUGCGGCAUCACGGGCACGCGUAGACCCCCCAUCGUCUGGAAGAGGAACAACCAGGUGCUCAACACCCUGGACCUGGAGGACAUCAAUGAUUUCGGAGACGACGGCUCCCUCUACAUAACAAAGGUGACCACGACCCACAUGGGCAACUACAGCUGUCACGCCGAAGGGUACCAGCACCUCUCCCAGACCCACCUGCUGCGGGUCAACGUGCCCCCGGUUAUCCGGGUGCACCCGGAGAGCCAGGCUCGGGAGCCGGGCGUGACCGCCAGCCUCAGGUGUCACGCCGAGGGAAUCCCCGCCCCCAAGCUCACCUGGCUGAAGAACGGCGUGGACAUCACCACCCAGCUGUCCAAGCAGCUCACCCUGCAAGCGAACGGCAGCGAGGUGCACAUCAGCAACGUUCGGUACGAGGACACGGGGGCGUACACGUGCAUCGCCAAGAACGAGGCCGGCGUGGACGAGGACAUCUCCUCGCUCUUCGUGGAGGAUUCUGCCCGCAAAACACUGGCCAACAUUCUCUGGAGAGAAGAAGGUCUCGGGGUCAGCAACAUGUUCUACGUGUUCUACGAGGACGGCGUUAAGGUCAUCCAGCCCGUGCAGUGCGAGAUCCAGAGGCACAUCCGACCCAGUGAGAGGCUUCUGGGCCUGCAGCAGGAGGUUUGCCCAAAAUCUGCGGGCGACGCCGAGCAGAAGUGCGUCUGGGCCUCCGCGGUCAACGUGAAGGACAAGUACAUCUACGCCAGCCAGCCCACCCUCGGCCGCGUCCUGAUCGUGGACAUUCAGUCCCAGAAGGCCGUGCAGACCGUGAGCACUGACCCUUUCCCCGUGAAGCUGCUCUACGACAAGUCCCACGACCAGGUGUGGGUCCUAAGCUGGGGAGACGCCCAGAAAACCACGCCCACCCUGCAGGUGAUCAGUCAGGCCAGCGGUGCCGUCCCCCACCACACGGUGCACACGCAGCCCGUGGGCCGCCGCUUCGACAGGGUGGAGGACUUCUUCAUCCCGCCCUCCACCCUCCUCGUCGAUCACGUCAGGUUCGGAUACGUCUUCCAUAAGAACGAGCCCGCGCUGCACAAGGUCGACCUGGAGACCAUGUCCACCGUGAGGAGCGUCAGCCUGCGGUCGCACGGCUGCGUGCCCACCUCCCUGGCCCACACGCACCUGGGGGGCCUGCUCGUCGUGGGCUGCAGGCAGGCCGCCACAGGCGCCGCCGGGCCCCAGCUCCUGCUGGACAGCGUGACGGACUCCGUGAUCGGGCCCAACCGGGACGUGACCGGCACCCCGUACGCCUCGCCGGACGGGCGCUACCUGGUCGCCGUGGACGACGCGGGCGGCCUGCUGCGGGUCCAGCCGGUCUCGGAGCGGGGCGAGGUGGGCGAGCCGUACGACAUCCACACCAACCUGCACGUGUCCGACCUGGCCUUCCAGCCCUCCUUCACCGCCGCCCGGCAGUACCACGCCUUCGCCAGCUCGGGCCGCCAGACGGACGCGCUGUACGUGGAGCUGGCCACCGGCAACCUGCGCAUGAUCGAGAGCCUGCGGGAGCCCACCGGCGCCGCCGACUGGCCCUGGAGCGGGCGCAACCGCGUCAUGGCCGGCAGCGGCCUGUUCGGACAGUACCUGAUGACCCCCGCCCGGGGGUCCCUCUUCAUCCUGGACGGCCGGCUCAGCAAGCUGAACUGCGAGAUCACAGACGUCCUGAAGGGGAACACGGUGGUGUGGGUGGGGGACGCGUAGGCCCCCCCCUCCCCCUCCCAACUGCCCCAUUCCACCCACCACCCCCCCCCGGCUCCGCCCCCCCACACACCACCCCUCCACCCCAACCCCCCCCCCCCCUCGGAUCCGGCUGCAAGUAACAUGCCCUCUUCUUAUGGUUUAUAAAAUGUAAAGAAGAAACACAGUGAAGGCAAAACAAUUAAAUUAGAAGUUUCCUGUUCAUAAGCUGGAUGUCAGUCCCUCAUUAAAACAAGUAAAUAGAGCAACUUUGCUUACGUUUCGGGUGUAAAGAAAUUUGAAAGAAAAAAAAUUUAUCUGGAAGAGAAAAACGUUUUCAAGUCAAGGGCUUUCUGAACUAUGAGAUUAGAGCGAAUAAUGCCGUGGGUUCAGAACAACUGUAAAAAAAAUUAAAAAUAAAAAAACAGGAAGAGAAAUCGUUCUUCAUUUACAUCGGGCGAAUCUGACCUGCUGGUGUAAAAUUCCCCUGUCAAGUGUGGCUCCUCUGUCCAAACGAUUUUCCUCUUGGCAGCAAACAGACAAACAGAGGACAUACGUUUUUUCUUUUCUUUUUUUUUUUGCUUUGGCUGACCUUUCCUUUGGUAUCUCCCCACUGCAGAGACUGGCCUGUGGUUUACUCUUGUGUUUGUGCCUUGAAUGAGCGCACUUUCAAAAAGAGUAAUGAUAAAUAACCAUCCAUUUAUCACAAGGAAAGAGAAAAAUAAAAAAUAAUUCUGGCUUCCGCUAGUAAAGAUAGAGAAGUAAUUUAUCAGAAUUUAUGUUUGUCCAUGACAUCCAUACCUCUAUUAUUAUUAAUUUUACACUUCCUUAUUAUUAUUAUUAUUAUUAUUUCAGAGUUCCAGCUUUGGGUGAACUAGUUUGGGUUGGAAAUCUCUGUUUUCAAAUUGUUUUUUAUUUUAAAAAUAUUUACGUAGUUUUCAGUCACAAUAUUCAGCAAAGCAAAGGUGUCAGAUUACAGUAGUUUACCAGGAUAAGUUUUUUUUUUUAAGAUAGCAAAGAGUACCGUGUACAAUCAGUCAUAAAAUGUUCCAAAUUUAUCUUUACUUAACCAACGUUGUCCAACUAUCUGAAAAGAUUCAGGUCAUCAUUUUGAUAAGGUUUUUUUAGCCCUAGAAAAUAGCUUUGGGGAAAAAUGAUACAGUUAUUCAGUAAAUUUUAAUGCUUGUGACUAUUGUUAGGAAUGUUAAUUUGUGGUUCCAGGUCUUUCAAAUAAUUUUAUAAUUUGGACAAGUACAAGAGCCAUUCUUUCACCUUGGAUUAGUAUACUUGACAAGCAUAGUCUAUGCAUUUUCAUUUGUUAAACUCCAGAUGAGGGUAUUGCCACUUUUUCCAUUUUAACUUAUUUGUCCCUGAAUUAUUGCCUGUAACAUGGCUGUCAAUUCAAAAAAGUGUGUCAUCAAAAUUUUGUAUUUUUUAAGAUUCAUGCAACCUGUUGAGUUCUAUUGAAUCUUUUAAAUUUUUUUAAUGCAAUCAUUCAAAAUACACUCUUUUUUAUAGUACUUAAUUUGAUGUAGAGCUGCAGUUCUCAAACUUCAUAGCUUUUAGCUGGUUUAGCUGAAGUGUGGUUACCCAUUUUUUUGUGUGUGUGUUCUGUAUAUAGCACCUGAGUGGAAUUUUGGACAUACCACUUAUUAGUUAUCCUAAGUUCACCUGAGUGACCAGUUUAUUAUUUUUUAGAAACCAAGAGUACCUGUUGAACUAACCACCAUGGGCUCUGUCUUUAAAUCGGAGUGACGACAUUGAAGGACAAGAGAGCAUAACAGCGUGUUGUUAUUUUUAUUUAUUUUUUUGUCAUCUAGAACGAGUCACCCUUUGAGUUCACCUUGUCAUUUCUAGCGCCACUCAACAUGUGGCCAGAGUCAACGCUAAAAGUUGCGUCAGCAACACGUAAGAAUCGAACACAGUCGAAAUCCGAUGCUAAAUAUUACCCAAGUGUAAGUAUUCAAUCGUAGAGUGGACUGUGGUGAAACUGAAAUAAGCCUAAAUUUGUUUUUUCCUUUUUAUUUUUUAUUUUUUUAAAGAACAGAGUCCUUUCUCCGGGAUGCAUUGUGAUGUUCUCAAUCAUGGCACUGUCCGUCCUUUAUUACGUCUAGUCAUGUGGUGUAUGUUUACUCACGUGGUUCCUGAUCCUGUAGAGAAAAAAAAAAUGCUUGACAUUGACAAAAACAAUAAAGCCAACACCUUUUAAAACGUA